AUGGCAGUGGUAUCGCGCGAGUGUUUUAAUUGGGAGGAGGCCGUGGCCCAGGACCGUGAGUUACAGCGCAUCGAUGCUUUCGUUAAGCUUACUGUAUCCAAGCUCCCGGAACAGCCACCUCCACGUGCUGACGAAGGCCGUGGUGGCUCUCGCUUCCAACCAGCCCCAUCACCUGCACCUUUUGUCAAACUUGAACCGCUCCCAUCAGUAAAUAGGACCAUGUCCGGACCUCGGUCCAUGACAGAAUUUAUCAACCCCCGUGACUACCAGAGCGAAUCGUCCAGCGAGAUCGAUGCACGUGAAGUGAAUCCAAUGGACGAACUGAGCGAUUUUGAGUCGGAGACGCCGCACCAGCCAGUGAAUCAGAAUCAGAGGUGGAGUCAGAAUCAGAACCAGGAUUUGGAUCGGGAUGUGGACGAAUCUAUGGAUGUUUUAAUGGAGGAAGAAGAAGAAGAUGAGCAGAAUCAAGAAGAUCAGAUCGUGUGUGCAGUCUGCAGGAAAUCAGAUAGAGAGAAUGAGAGGGUUUUGUGCGAAGACUGCGACACUGAGUUCCAUCAUUUUUGUCUGGAUCCGCCACUGCCCCGGGUUCCUCAUGGUUCAUGGUGCUGUCCGCCGUGUAGAGCCAAGCAUCAUGCUGCUACUGUGGUGGAUGUGAAGGAGGAACCAGCACAAACAGCUGAAUCUACGGAGAACGCUACUACGACUUCUGCAGGAGACUCGGAGACUGCAACGACAGGACGAAAUGUAGAAAAUGGUAACGUUUUACCCACGAGUGGACCGACAUCGAUCUCUAUCGCUCAGAUGCUAGCAGGAGAUCCGAACAAGAGUAACUCACUGCUUAUUCACGCGUGCAAUUGCGACCAAAUCGAGUGCACGGACCAUGAGUUCCAUUUAUUCUGUCCACACAUGAAGCGAUUCUUGCGUAGUGUGUGCUGGGCGUCGCAUAGCGACAAGUGGCGCUCUUACCGACUCGCGCAAAUCACUGCCGAGUUGCUUGCAUACCAUGCUAUGAACUGCAAACUUUUACAGUGCAAUGUGCCACUCUGUGUCAAGAUCCGUGAAGAAGAAAUUGUCUAA